AUGGCGUCCUCCGCUGCAAGAUCCGAUUCUUGGGCUGCUAAGCUAUCCGCCGACGAAAUGCAGGCCAAAGCAAGAAAAGUCCGACGCUUCGACGAAACAGAAGCCGCCCUCCCCGUAAUAAAAGUACAAGCCUCGUUACCCGCUCAGCUACUCAACGUCCCCGCCCUAUUUUCUCAUCUGGGGAGCCGAAACCCGCUUGCGCGCCAGGUCACAUACGGCGAUGUCGUUUGGAUGCUCGACAACGUUGCCUUCAAGCCCGGCCUCUUCAGCAGCUGGCAAGCCGAGUUUGUCACAGCAGUAUUUGAAAAAGAGUCCAAGGAAAAGCUCGUCGAUCUCGUGGCCGUGAUUGCGCGCAUUAUUGGGCUCGCAGACGAAGACCACGAGUUCGAGACGCUGGAAGAGAGGUUAUUGCCGUUUGUGUGGGAUCUUCGCCCCGGAAGGAAGCUGCUUGCAGCCCAUGGUGACAAGCAGUUUAUUCUGGGACCCACUGGCCCAAACGGUAUCGCCGGUCAUCUCGUGAAGCUACCGACUGGUACGCCUGGAGCGCUUACGAGGACGAAGGCGGUUGUGUCGAACGGUAUUACUGGCAUCCUGUCCUCUUGGACGUACUUUUCAGAGCCAGAGGGAUGGUCUGUCGUUUCCGAUGUCGACGACACGAUCAAAGUCACUCUGACCAACGACCCAAUCGGUAUUCUCCGAGAGACUUUCAUCAACGAACCGCGGCCCAUUCGAGGCAUGCCCGAGCUCUUCGCUACGAUUAAAUCCAUGCUUCCCGAAGACACGCCGUGGUUCUACCUCUCAGCCUCGCCUUACAACCUGUACCCGUUCCUUCGAGAGUUCCGAAACAAUUAUUACCCUCCCGGGGCCAUUCUCCUGCGCGAAGUGAGCUGGAGGACCAUUGCCGGCCUUCUCAGGGCCUUGACUACGGGCACCGAACAGUACAAGUCCGAGCGACUCGCCAAGAUCCACGGCUGGUUCCCCAAGCGAAAGAUGAUCCUGGUGGGCGACUCCACGCAGUCCGACCCCGAAGCCUACGGAGAGCUAUAUCGUCUGUACCCCGGCUGGGUUAAGUGCAUCUUGAUCCGCAAGGCGACGGAUAUCUCCUCUGUGGGCAUCGAAGAAAAGAAUGCCAAGGAGAGGUUCGACGUAGCUUUCAAGGGAAUUCCGAAGGAGGUUUGGCACGUAUUUGAAGACCCCGAAGAGUGCCCACCGUUUCUUCAGGACGUGAUUAGUCGAAAUUGA